AUGUGGAAUUUACGUGGUCCUCAUACGAUUGCACCCGACCUUGAUAAAGAUUAUAGUGAGUUAUUUAAUCUUUUGUUUGGUGUUUCUUGGUUUAUAUAUUCAAAGCUCGUCGAUUUUUCUUUUUCAAAUGGUCACGACAAUUUCUUUACUUUAAAGAUACAUCAUGGUGGAUUUUUUACAAAGUUCCUUGGAAGAAAGUACGUCGAGGGAAGGUUGGCAUUCUUUGACUUUGUUGACACUGAUCUUUUUUCAGUUCAUGAUCUAAAUGACAUGAUUCGUGAGAUAGGGUAUUCUAAGGAUGACACAAUGUACUAUCAUUAUAGAAUUCCUAUUCUAGACUUAGAUUUUAUAUUGAAGGCUCUAGGAACUGAUCAAGACGUUAUAUCUAUGGCUCAAUAUGUCCCUCAAAACAGAAUGAUUAAUGUGUACGUUGAACUGGGCUCUACAAGACUUCACACUUACCUCAUGUCGCCAAGUAAAGUUAUUAUUGAGCAACUAGAUGAUGAUACUUCUCUUGAACUUAAUAGGAUUAGGCCCAAGAAGAAAGGAAUUGGUUCUUGUAGUAAGAAAUUAGACAUGAAUGUCCCACUUAAAGAAUCAACUAAUCAAGAACAGAGAGAAGAUAGUGUGUAUGAUUUUUACAUGCCCCUAGUUCCUUUUGAGCCAAACAAACAAGAUGAUCAUAGGGAAAUACUAGAUGAUUUUGAGCCUUUUAGUAGUGAUGGAUAUCAGAAUAUGGAUAACUUUGAAAGAGAGGUUGAAGUUGAAGAAGAAAAAGAUGAAGAAGAUGAACAAAGGCAUGCAGAGGAUUCAAAAGAUGAUUCAAAAGAUCAUACAGAAGAAGAGGAUGAUUCUGACUACAUUAUUGACUCACAAGCUAUUUUAGAUUACUGGGAGGUUGAUAUGAGAGAGUUUAAUAGUUGUGUGGAUGAGUUUGAAUUGUUUGGACAAGGACUAAACAUAUAA